AUGCAGCUAACAGCUCGCAUGGCGCCCAAUAACCCACCAGGCGACAUCUCUGACCUGGACCGGGUCACCCGGCUGCUAAAGGACCGGAUUAGUGCCCACGGCGGAACAGACGACGCGCAGGGGCCAACCUUUGACCCGCGCAUACGCAGCCUCCCUUACAACCAUGGCCACUGCGGGCUAGUCCAGCUCCCCUCCACCGCGCAGGGCGACUACGACCCAGACUACGUGAUGCGCCGAUUCGUCGCUGCCGGGCAGGGCGGCUCGGUGUUGAGUCUGGGGCCGAGGGAGGCGUUCAUCUUCCGGUUUCUGGGCAGGGCGGUGGUGGUGCGGGGUGAGUUUUGGAGUUUGACGGCGUAUGAUGCGGAGCAGUAUUUGGUUGCGAAUUCGUUGAAUCAGUAUGCGCUGGGGGACCGGCCGGAUAUGAUGUAUGCCGAUGGUCUGCUGGUCUACGAUGAUAAGAGUAGUGGUGACAAGGGGUUUGAGAUCCUCUGCCGACGGUCAGGCGAACUGGCUCCCCGCGUGGACGGCGGAGACUCCUCGGGGACUCGUAAGGGCGAGCGCUCGCUUGGAUUGGGGUUGAUUGGGAGGGAGCUAAUUUCCCAAAGAAUUUCGGUUUUAUGCCCCGAGCGUGGCACCGCGGACCGCGCAGUGGGGACAUCGGUGGUGCAGAAGGUGGAAGCCGUGGCAUGA